AUGACGGCGCUCACUGGCGCUCCGCUGGCCGCAAGUGCGGCGGCAAAGAUGGCGCUCACUAGCGCUUCGCCAAAGAUGGCACUAAGUGGCGCUCUGCCGGCCGCUAGUCCAAAGUGCGGCGGCAAAGAUGGCGCUCCGCUGGCCGCAAGUGCGGCGCUCACUGGCGCUCCGCUGGCCGCAAUAACGGCGCUCACUGGCGCUCCGCUGGCCGCAAGUGCGGCGGCAAAGAUGGCGCUCACUGGCGCUUCGCUGGCCGCUAGUGAGCCGCCAAAGAUGGCACUAAGUGGCGCUCUGCCGGCCGCUAGUGAGCUGCAAAGAAGGCGCUCGGUGCCGCUCCUCUGGCAGCUAGUGCGGCGACAAAGACGGCGCUCGGUGCCACUCCGCUGA